AUUUUGAAUGUCUGGUCCGUUCCUCCUUCCGUCGAGUGAGAAGGCUGCACUUGUUUUCUGGUAUCGUAACGGCUGGUGAGUGUGAGCUCGAUUUAACCGACUGAACGACUUCGUACAUGACCGUUGAGCUCGGCGCGGUCAAGCCGCUCGGGUUUAUUCGCGUUUGCGCGGGUUGACUCUGGGCUGGAUAGGAAGUGGAGCGCACAGGCUAAUGCUAAUGCUAACGCUAACGCCUGUGCACCGGGACGCUGUCAUAAGCUGAGGCGCUAACGGUCGCUCAACAAAGCUGAACUUCCACAAGCGGCGUGAGAUCCCAGUUACACUGUAGUUUAUAAACGUUUCAGUGUGUUUAAGAUAGAGGUGUGUGUUCAAUCCUCCGUUAAAUCGACGCUCGAUUCGAGGCCCGACUAGACUCCAGGCAGUUAGCAACGGACACACGCAGCACUUCAUUCACCGACAUCACGGAGGAGUGACACAGAGGAUGCCAGCUCCGAUCAGACUGCGGGAGCUGAUCCGGACAAUCCGGACGGCUCGAACCCAGGCCGAGGAGCGGGAGAUGAUCCAGAAAGAGUGUGCUGCCAUUAGGUCAUCCUUUAGAGAAGAGGACAACACAUACCGCUGUAGAAAUGUGGCUAAGCUGCUUUAUAUGCACAUGUUGGGCUACCCGGCACACUUUGGCCAGCUGGAGUGCCUGAAGCUGAUUGCAUCACAGAAAUUUACAGACAAACGGAUAGGAUACCUGGGAGCCAUGCUACUUCUGGACGAGAGGCAGGACGUCCAUCUGUUAAUGACAAACUGCAUCAAGAAUGACUUGAACCACAGUACACAGUAUGUGCAAGGACUAGCCUUGUGCACCCUGGGCUGCAUGGGCUCAUCCGAAAUGUGCCGUGACUUAGCUGGAGAAGUGGAGAAACUCCUCAAAACGUCAAACUCCUAUCUGAGGAAAAAGGCAGCUCUGUGUGCGGUUCACGUCAUCCGCAAAGUCCCGGAGCUGAUGGAGAUGUUCCUGCCAGCAACAAAAAACCUGCUCAGCGAGAAAAAUCAUGGAGUUCUCCACACGUCUGUUGUUCUGCUCACUGAAAUGUGUGAGCGAAGUCCUGACAUGCUCUCUCACUUCAGGAAGAAUGAGAAGCUGGUUCCACAACUUGUACGAAUCCUGAAGAACCUGAUCAUGUCAGGCUACUCCCCUGAGCACGAUGUGUCUGGCAUCAGUGACCCUUUCCUGCAGGUGCGGAUAUUGAGGCUACUGAGAAUUCUGGGAAAGGGUGAUGAUGAUUCUAGUGAAGCUAUGAAUGACAUUCUUGCACAGGUUGCAACAAACACAGAGACGAGUAAAAAUGUAGGCAAUGCUAUCCUCUACGAAACGGUUCUUACUAUCAUGGACAUCAAAUCAGAGAGUGGACUUCGGGUUUUAGCAAUUAACAUUCUGGGACGUUUUCUUCUCAACAAUGACAAAAACAUCAGAUAUGUGGCAUUGACCUCUCUACUGAAGACCGUGCAGACAGACCACAAUGCUGUGCAGAGACAUCGAAGCACUAUCGUGGACUGCUUGAAAGACCUUGAUGUGUCCAUUAAAAGGCGUGCGAUGGAGCUGAGCUUUGCCCUGGUUAACGGCAACAACAUCCGGGGCAUGAUGAAAGAGCUUCUGUAUUUCCUGGACUCCUGUGACCCUGACUUCAAAGCGGACUGCGCAUCAGGGAUCUUCCUGGCUGCUGAGAAGUAUGCACCCUCCAAAAGAUGGCACAUAGACACCAUUAUGAGGGUUUUGACCACGGCAGGGAGUUAUGUCCGAGAUGACUCUGUGCCCAACCUCAUCCAGCUCAUCACAAAUAGUGUAGAGAUGCAUGCCUACACUGUACAGAGACUCUACAAAGCCCUCCUGGAUGACAUCUCUCAGCAACCUCUAGUACAGGUGGCAUCCUGGUGCAUAGGAGAGUAUGGAGACCUGUUGGUUUCAGGCCAGUGUGAGGAGGAGGAACCCAUUCAGGUUUCUGAAGAUGAGGUCCUGGAUGUUUUAGAAGGUCUUCUCGUUUCUAACUUGUCCACCCCUGUAACGAGAGGUUAUUCCCUGACUGCUAUCAUGAAGCUGUCCACCCGUUUCAGCAGCCUGAAUCGAAUCAAAAAAGUGGUGUCGAUAUACGGCAGCAGCAUAGAUGUGGAGCUGCAGCAGAGAGCUGUGGAGUAUAACGCACUUUUCAAAAAAUAUGAUCACAUGAGACCUGCAUUACUAGAGCGAAUGCCUAUUAUGGAGAAAACUGCCACUAACGGCCCAUCAGAGACUGUCCAGACCAAUGGAGAAACAGAUUCAACCAUCCUGGACACAAAACAUCUGCCCAGCAUCAGUCAACCAGCCAGUCAGGCAAAUGAUUUAUUAGACCUACUCGGAGGUAAUGAUGUGGUACCUAUUAUCCAAACAACGGUUCCCACAAAGCCUGCGUCAGCUGGAGGAGAACUGCUGGAUCUGCUGGGAGACCUUUCUCUGACAGGUGGUCCGACCCCCACCCCUGCUUCCUCUGUGCCCAUGUCCCAGCCCCCUUUCCUUUUGGACGGUCUCACCUCGCAACCCCUCUUCAAUGACAUUGCAGCGGUCAUUCCGCCAAUGACGGCGUACAACAAAAACGGUCUGAUAAUUGAGUUCACAUUUGAGAGGUCCAACCCCAACCCCAAUAUUGCAGUUAUUACCAUCCACGCCACCAACUCCACUGAGGCUGACAUGACAGAAUUUGUGUUCCAGGCUGCAGUACCAAAGACAUUCCAGCUGCAGCUUCUGUCCCCCAGCAGUAAUGUAGUUCCAGCAUUCAACCAGGGAAGCGUCACGCAGGUCAUCAGGGUGCUCAACCCUCAGAAGCAACAGUUGCGAAUGCGGAUCAAGCUGACAUACACUCACAAAGGCUCUCCUGUACAAGACCUGGCCGAGGUCAACAAUUUCCCCCCUCAGUCCUGGCAGUGAUUCGCCUCCCUUCUGAAUCUUAAAGACCCCCAGCAAGGGAACUAUGGGAAAGAUGUCCCCUCCCCAUUCCCAAAUGAUCCCCCGUGACAUCACCACAGACCGCUGCCCUGGGGUUGCAUGGGAAGCAGUGGAAUCUUCCUGACACAGUCAAGAGUUGAUGGUAUGAAGACUGAUGAUGAUGACGAUUACAGUGACAAUGAUGAAGAAAAAUCACAAAUAUCUCAGUACAUAUCUUUUCAUUUGUUUCUUUUCCCGUCUGUCUUUCUCUCUGCUUCGGGGUUAGUGCAGAAUGUCCAUACUCACACUUGCACUUAGCGUUGUGCACUCUCACUUAAUCUGUCCCUGUAGUACACUCCGGCUCACCCUGCCGCCCAGGGCCCUCACAUGGGCAAACAUCACUCGUGGCCACUAUACGAAGGAGCUACUUGUCUGUUUUGUUUGAUUUUGUCCAUGUUUUUAAUCUUGUUAAUGGGUUUGGUGUAUUUUAAGAAAAACAAAAACAACAACAUAACUGAAUUUAAUUGCAAAGUCUGAACAUUUGCACCUUUAAGCAUUUCAGAAUCAAGAGGAAAAUGGGUUGUGAUGGUGGCGCCUUAAAUCAUCGUUGUACAUGACAUUUCGUAAUUUUCGUGUAAGGUUGAUCUAAUGUCCUGUAAUAAAGUAUAUCAGAUGAAUGCUCCGGAUACAAGCUAUGUUGUGGCUGCACCGUAUUUCACAUGAAAGCGUAAUGUACACACUAACAGAUCUGUCCAGAAGUGCUUGACCUUCAUCACAUGUAUCAUCAUGAACAGGCAACAGCUCAUACCUUGAUUUUCUUGAUUUUUGAGCAGGACAGCGUCUAAAUGACACUGGAGCAUCUCUUCUUGAGGUGACUGAGAGAGAAGGUGUUGCUCGUUACUGUUUGCGUAGCUUACAUCACCCAAUAGUUUUGCAUCAUCAAAGCUGCACACUUGUCCCCAAAACCCUUAAUUUGGCAUAUAGUUGUUUUGUUUGCCUCUACUCAUCAAAGAUGGUGUGUUCUUGUAUUGUUUUUUUAAAUCUUAAAAUACAUUUAUAUAGAUUGAAAAUAGCCUACACUAAAGAAGUUUUCAGUUUUAAGAUUUUUUUUAGCUCAAUCCUUAAGCAUUGAAAUCUAUUAAAAAUGUAGUUGAAGAGCGUGAUCUUAAUUCAAAUUGAUUUCUCACUAAAUUAACACAACUAGAGGCCCGGCGACGUGUAAUGAGGUUAUGGUCAGCGUAGAUGCUGUUAAUAUAGACUAUUAAUAUAAGGCCUUCAUGAAUGUAGUUAUAUGCACUGAAUGGACUUUUUUCUUUUUGACUUUGUGCAGUGAUUUGAAGUAUGGAAAUAUUGCCUGAACUAAAGCAAUGUGCCUUUGUCAUAACCAGUUAAAAAGAAAGCCCUGAGAGAUGAACGGUUAUCGUUACAUGACGUCUGAAGAGUAGAGGACCUUUUUGGUUUGCUGUCAUUUCACUCGAUUUCUCGUUCAGAGGGCGUCUUAAGUGCGUACUGUCUGCGUGCGUUAGUGUCUCUUCUUGCAGCUUCCAAAGGCAGUUCGCUACAUUAACCUGAAUAUACCUCACAUUGUCUUCUUGUUUUGUCUUUGUAUGCUCGGAAGAGCACUAUGAUUGUUUCAUCAAGUCAUCGAAAUCCUCACUUCGCAUCCGUACCCUCACGUCAUCUCGCGCUGCUCUGUUUCCUUCAUCACUUUGCGUGAUUACAUUCGCUAUGCCACACUGAAGUCUGGUGACCAAAUCAAGAGAUGUUCUUUGGGCUUGGGAAAAAUUUUAACAAUGUUAUGUAUAUGGAGAAAAAAAAAAAGACUUCUCAUUCUAUUAGCCUCUUUGUUUUUUGUUUGCGAUUCUUUCGAUUUCUUGGCUUUUUCUGUACAUACCGAGGGCUUUUAAGAUGCAUCAGCUGUUUCUUUUCAUCCCUUUUUAAGAUCCCGUUUUCUAAGACUUCCUUCCAGUGCUGCACAGUGUAUAAUGUUUGAAGCUGUCCCUCAGAAAAUAGUCUAAUUUAACAACUUACCUGUUUGAUUGAUUGUUUAUUGGAAAGAAACUGUACUAUGUGCUGCCUGUAUAUUGUAUAUAAUUGUAAAACGCAUCAACCAGAUCAAAUCAAAUAAAAAUCCCAUUUGAAGAUCAAUGACGUUCAGCUAGGGGUGUAAUGUGCACAUGAUCUUGAGUUGGCUUUGUUUUAACUAGAUGUGCAGUGGAUCGCAGUCAUUUACUACUGAAAAAAUUAAAUGCUGCUUAUGGGCAUAUUAUUUGAUGGCCUCCAGCUGACCCCCCCCCCCCCCAUGUACUCCCAGUUUUACAUAAUGCAAUUUAAAGGGAUAAUUUAGUUCACCCAAAAAAUAAGUCCUUUACUCACCCUCAUAUCACUCUAAACUUACAUGAAUGACUUUCUUCUGUGGAACACAAUAGAAUAUAUUUUGAAGAAUGUGUAAACUGUCCAUAUCAAGACUAGACUCCAUUGAUUUCCAUUAUAUGGAGACGUUUUUAAGUUUCAGCAUCAUUUGUGUUCUACAGAAGAAAGUCAUACAGGUUUGAAGUGACAUGAACUGCACUCUUAAAAACAAAGGUGCAUCAUGACGCCGUAGAAGAACAUUUUUUGUCUAAAUGGUUCCAUGAACCUUUAACAUCUGAAGAACCUUUUGGUUUCGUAAAAAGUGGCUAAAGAAGGUUCUUCAGAUUAUAAAAAGAUAAGAAAGAGAUGACCUUUGACUGAAUGCUUCUUUGAGGAACCAAAAAUGGUUCUUCUGUGGCAUCGCUGUGAAGAACCUUUAAAGCACCUUUAUUUUUAAGAGUGUAUCUUCAGACCCCUGCUACAUUGAGGAAAGCUUAAAAACCAAAGUCUCUAGUUACAGUUUUCCCAUAAACCACCUCUACUGAUGUUUCCAUGCAGUUUAGGCUCAUGCAUAUUCCCAAAAAGGUUUUUCUUUUUUUGAAGCACUUGGAGUUGAGGCAAAACUUCAUAUAAAAUGCUGUCGGGUAAAAGCGAAAUAUCCCUGAUGUGAAAACAUGGUCUCGUCCCUGAAUGUUUCGAUGCCUCUCGAAUGAACUUGCAUUACAUUAACUGGCCGCCUGCGGUUGAGAGGUGCGUAACAAUAGUAAAUGGCGAUGAAAUGGCACCGUGUGAGAGCAGUUUAAAAAUCCGACUUUCUGAAUCUUCUGCUUUUUACACCAAGACCUUUGUGCGUUGAAGAGGGCAAAACGACCGUCUGUGAACUUGCCGAAUCUCUCAGCAGGUUUCCCAACACCAAACGAUGAUUUUUUUUUUUUCAGCCGCAUGUGAAAAAAGCAAUGUAAAUAUUGUCACUUCUACUCUUUAUGUAAACAUCCUGAAGUAAUGCAAGCUAAGUUCGAAUUCUCAAGUCACCACUAUUCACUAUAUCUUGCGAUACAUGCACAGACCUUUGUACAUUUGGAAAUAUACUGUUGAUUCUUUAAUUAAUCUUCAUUAAGAAGCAGUCGGGGGGACUGGGUGUAACUGCUUGACCAGGUGGACUUUGUAUCACAUGCUUGGACGAUUGCCUUCUCCAUCAGAAUCCCUUUGUAAUCUGUAAAGGUAUCGGUUGUUUUUGAAGUGUAUCUAUACAUGUGCCCCCUACUCAGAUAUUUUACACUUGCUGUUGAACACAUCUGAACUCGUGCAGGAGGGGAGGACGACCCCAGUGAGUCUGACAUGAUGAACGAUCCUCGAGGAGCGAGUGCUGGACUGAGUUCAUGAUGAUGGAUGAAAAUGACAUGGGAUAUUUUAGACUUAUGCUGUGUAUUAUUGUCUUUGGGUUGGAGAAAAUGAUCAAAUGAAAUAAAACGGUCAAACUUGA